AUGGGGCCAGAGCGUGGUUUGUUAGGUAGUGGACAGGUCCACGUCAUCCUGUGGGGAAGUUUGGCAGCCAUGACAACACUCUUGUUCCUCACCUUCCUCAUCUUCCUCUGCUCCAGCUGCAACAGGGAAAAGAAGGCCAAACAUCAGAAUGGAGAUCACGAAAAUCUGAUGAAUGUGCCUUCUGACAAGGAGGUGUUCAGCCACUCGAUCACAAGUUCGGCUACAGAGCCCCCUCCCAGCAGCGACCAGAAUGGGGCACUCAGCAAUGGUGAGGUACUCUCGGAGGACAGUACAACUGCCUGUAUCCAGCCUUAUGAAGAAGUACAGACGUCUGUCUCUGAUCUGCUAGAUCAACAGGAUAGUCUUGGAAAGUCUAUGAAAUGUCACCAGAGCCGGGAACUACCCAGUAUUCCCCCCAACACCACCAUGGAAACCAUAAUCUCAUCUAGAAAUGCAGAAAAUGAUCAAGGUCUUGGAAUGGAAGGGCCUUAUGAAGUCUUGAAAGACAGCUUCUCUCAGGAGAAUAUAGUUGAAGACUGCUUGUAUGAAACUGUGAAGGAAAUUAAAGAUGUUGGAGCAGUAGCCAGCAUGACAGGGAGCUGUAACAACAAAUCAAAGGCUUCACUGGCAGUUUGUGAAGGUCAGAAUCAGAUUCCUGAGUGCAGAAUUGAAUCAGCAGAAUAUGCAUCUGUUGACCGAAAUAAAAAAAGUCGCCAAAGUGCUAAUUCAGAAAGCCCUCUUGACAACACACCAGAUGUAGAGGACGAGCUUCCCCCUCCAGUACCCAUGAAACUUCUUGAUGAAAAUGAGAAUGUGCAAGAAAAAGAAGUGGAAGAAGAAGUGACAGAAGGAGCAAGUAAACCAGAGAAGAGGCUUAGUUCGAUCUCUUACAAGUCUCGAGAGGAAGAUCCAUCUCUUACAGAAGAUGAGAUCUCAGCUAUGUAUUCGUCGGUGAGUAAGCCGGGACAGGGCAUCAAGGCACUGGAUUCUCCUUACACCUGUAUUCAAGAAAUUGCAUCUCAGAGGUCCCCAUCUAUUUGCAGCGGCCUGUAUGCAAGUGUGAGGGACUUUGAAAACACCCUAAAUACUACCACUGUGCCUCAGUCAGCGGACAGACCAAACGGGGAGCUGGAGCCUGACUAUGAAGCUAUCCAGUCAGUGAGCCAGGAAGACGACAGGACCUUGUCUGUGCCUAAUACAAACCACACUUCUCUUUCAGGAGAGAAUGACUAUGAGAGCAUAGGGGACUUGCAGCACCACAGGGAUUUCACCAGACUUUAACUCCUCGGGCAGGCAGAUUUCUCUGCAGGUAUUUUCAAAGGAACACGUGAAACAUGGAGAGGGAAUUGCUU